AGUAGCCACCUUCUCUUUAAAGGAAGAAGGAACACAAGCUGUGGUUUUUCACGUCUCUGCAGAAAAAUGCAGAGAAGGGAUGAUGCCCAGUUUGUUUCUAAUGUGAAUGUGUGAGACUGUGUGGGCGAAACUUAGAUGAGUUGCAGCAGCAGAUGUGAAGCAGUGUGAAAAGAUGACGCUUCUACUGAGCAGUCUGUUGCUGGCCUCUCUCUGUGCCAUCUUAUCUUGGAGUGUUUCUUCUACAGACCUCCUUGUUUUAACCCAGACCCCUGAUAUGUCUGUCACAGAGGGGGAGACUGUGAUCAUCACCUGCUGCUACACUGGGGAGUCUGAAAGAAUCACAUUUAACUGGCAGAAAAAUCAGACAGAAAUUAAGAAUCAGUCCAUAAACUUGAAGAUUCAGUCUCAAGAUAACCUGAAAAAUGUUUCUCAUUACUGUUCAAAUUUGACCCUUUCAAACAUUACGGGAGCAGUUUCAGGGUCAUACGUCUGCAAGGUGUCUGUGGAUAUACCAAAUUAUGGCGUGAACUAUGGAAAUCCCACAGUCAUUACAGUUGUGGCCAGAGGGAGCACAGACAGACGUCCAGAUCAUCCCACUCAAAUCCACAUAAUACUUGCAGUGGCCGUAGUGGUUCUGUUGCUCCUCAUCACUCUCGGCAGUUUCUGCGCUCUGCGAAACAGACGAGCAAAUGCAGCCAGGGUGAUCAUUGAGGUUCCCCACAUUGAAUCUGAGGAGGUGGAGAUGGACAAACACAGCACCAGCUCCUCCAGAGGCUCUUCUCAGUGGUGUCAGGUACCAGUGUACGAAUCCUUCGAUUACUUCAAAUGUGUGCAGAUCAAAGAAAGUGGAUGAGGAUCUACUCAGCUCAUGUCUUCAUCUUCCAGUAUUUUUCAUCCUUGCGUCUCUUCAUGUAAAUAAUGUACAUUAAUUUAGUUAUAUCUACCUGGAUUAUGUGAAAUAUCUUAUAUGUGAUAUUUUUUUAUAAACUGCCUUUUGUUCA